AUGUGCAUCGAUCCAGUUUGCGCAUCUGAAAUCCAGCGUGUGGAUUCAAAAGAAUUUAUUUAUGGUAUCAAUCUCAAAGGUAAUGAUCCAACUGCAUCACGUGAUUUAGCCAGGUUUCUCUGUCUUCUUCCUUGUCUCACCGAACUGACAAUAAAAGGAAUCCAAACGAUUUCUAUUGUUAGUAGUAAUCUCAAGAGUAAUGACCCAACUGCAUCGCGUGAUCUAGCCAGGUUUCUCUGUCUUCUACUUUGUCUCACCGAACUGACAAUAAAGGGAGCAUCACUCUUUCUACAUGACCAGUUCUAUCAUGAGAUUGCAACACUAGCUUCAACCUCAAAGCAUGAUCUAGCUAGGUUUCUAUGUCUUCUACCUUGUCUCACUGACCUGACAAUAAAGGGAUUUGAUACUGAUUACAGCCAAUCACUCUUCCUACAUGACGAGUUCUACCAUGAGAUUAUCCAAACGAUUUAUAUUGAUCUUAGUAAUCUCAAGAGUAAUGACCCUACUGCAUCACGUGAUCUAGCCAGGUUUCUCUGUCUUCUCCCUUGUCUCACCAAACUGACAAUAAAUGGACAUGAUGAUUAUGGUUACGACCUUUCAUCAUUCUUUCUACACGACCAGUUCUAUCAUGAGAUUGCAACACUAGCUUCAACCUCAAAGAUCCAAACGAUUUCUAUUGUUAGUAGUAAUCUCAAGAGUAAUGACCCAACUGCAUCACGUGAUCUAGCCAGGUUUCUCUGUCUUCUCCCUUGUCUCACCGAACUGACAAUAAAGGGAUAUGACACUGAUUACGGG